AUGUGCAUCACGCAACUCAUCCUCGUCGUCCUCGUGGCUGCCGGACUCAUCAAUCGCAGUCAUGCUAAACUUUCGACAUUCCCACGCUUGACCAGAGAUGAGUGCGUGAUCGGCACGCCUUGUAGGGUCGAAUGGACGACCGAUGACUGCACCAAUGUCGUCGUGUGGAAGCUGUGGCUCAAUGGUAGCAACCCCCGAAGCACAAAUGGAGAGGCGUACAGUGUCUUUCAGCUCCCGGACGUCAUAGAAAAUGCUUGCCAUUACACAAUGUCCGCGAGCACGACUUCGAAUCUCACUGAAGGAGCUUACUACUACGUCUACAUGUUCAGCUACGAUGCGAGCUUUCCAGAUGGGUUCAACAACAAUACAACUCCUGGAAGCAACCUCGUGUCAGCGAAGCCGUUCCAGGUGUCAAAGUCGCUUUCUUCGUACUCCAAUACCCGAGGCCCUGAAAUUUUAGCUCCUCAAUGUCAGAAGCCUGCUGGCACACCACUCUCGGUCGGUGCAAUCGCAGGAAUCGCUGUUGGCGUUUUCUUGCUUGGGCUGGUGAUUGGAUCGCUCGUCUUCAUGGCUAUCGGAGUCUGUGGAAUGCGGAAAGAGAAAGCAAGAAAGGGGCAGCAGCAGCAGAAAGACACGGCUACUGAGGGAAACGAAGCUCCAAGCAUUCCUCAAGGGGCCGAUACGAGAUCAGAAGUCAACAACCGUCCAUACACUGCAGAGCUCGACCAGCAUCGACCGCUGUUUUCCGAGCGCGCCAUCGAGAACAACGCGUUACCAGGCCCGCCUGAAGUCCAUCCCGGUACACCGUUCAUCUUUGGCCCUGAGAAUCCAGAAUCAGCGAGAUCAAUCCCAGCAUCAGCGAGCAACAUCUCAUUCGAUGUCCACGAGCUGUCCUCAACGCCUGUACGCCCUGGCAACGAUAUCUUUGAAGGUCCAGGACAGGUCAAGAUUGAGCCUGUGGGAAAGUUUGAUGAUACUGCUGUACCAGAUCUAAACCUCGUGGGAAGCGAAGCGGAAGCAGGUGAGGCAAGCGCUCAGCAGACUGCGACUGGAGGUCGAGGAGAAGCACUGCGAUAG